AUGGGUCUUGAUCUGGAGGAUCUGGUGCGAUUGCCAAAUGACACUGUGACAGCGAAUCCUACUGCUGUAGGAUAUAAACUGACUGGUGGGGAGGCGUUGGGCAACCUCGAGGCGUUUGACAUUACGAAAGACUGCCCAGUAGAGAUACUGCACACCACGAUGCUGGGAGUCACCAAAUAUCUCUUGCUUGAAUUUUGCAAUUAUCUUGACAGCGACGAGCUCAAAGACCUCGAGCUCAAGUGCCGCAGCUACGACUCGAAAGCCUUCCGUCGCAUGCUCAGUAGUAGUCUGCGUCUUCGCCGUUCCUUUGUCGGUCGCGAUUACAAGGUCUUUAGCCAGCAAGCAGCCGUCAUCCUCAACGAUCUCCUCCAUCAUGGUUGGUCAGCAAAAAGCGAGGAGAAAAUGGAGGGUCUCCGGGCGUUCUUUGACUGCUUCCGUGUACACGGAGAGGUCAUGUCGCUAUUAUUCAUGUCCAAGAUAGAAACAAAGUUCUCUAUGUACAAGCUGCUGCUGAACAAGAAGACGGAGGAAUUGACGGCUAUGAUUGGUGUUGUCGACAAUUUCCUUGUUGCGCAAGGAAAUAUGACCGCCAACAGUAAGAUGGGUAACAAGCCCAAGCUACACAUCUUACAUCACAUCGUGGAGGAUAUCGAACGUUUCGCCACUGCUAUUCAUUUUGAAUCAGAAAAAGGCGAAUAG